UUUUAUUGUGUAUGUGGUCAGUGUCAGCACUGGGAGCCCUGUUUAUUCUUCCUCCAUCUAAUCUGAAUGCGCUUGUCUGGGAUCAGAUAACUUCUUGCUGGUUUUUAUACUCAGUUCUGAAAUGAACAGGGCAAACAGUAUGUCUGAAAAGAAAUCCAGCCAGCGCUUUCAUAGCCUGAACACUGAGCAGGUGGAGGUUCUGCAUCAGGUGCUUUCAGAAGUGGUCCCCAUCCACGGCCGUGGGAACUUUCCCACACUGGAGCUGCGUCCUCGUGAUAUUAUCAUAGCAGUGCGGGCCAGGCUGCAAAAGCAGGGAAUCACGGUCAGGGAUGUUCGUCUAAAUGGCUCUACAGCCAGCCACGUCCUGGUUCGGGACAAUGGGACGAGCUACAAAGACCUGGACAUCAUCUUCGGAGUGGAAUUGCCAAGCCAGGAGGAGUUCCAGGUGAUCAAAGAGUCGGUCCUGGGCUGCUUGUUGGACUGCCUGCCCACCGGGGUCAACAGAGAACGAAUCAGCAGCGCCACAAUGAAGGAGGCAUAUGUUCAGAAAAUGGUCAAAGUUUUCAACGAACACGACCGCUGGAGUCUAAUCUCACUAUCCAACAACAGUGGCAAAAACCUUGAGCUCAAAUUCGUGAGCGCUCUAAGGCGGCAGUUUGAGUUCAGUGUGGACUCCUUCCAGAUCAUUCUGGAUCGCCUCCUAGAGUCCUACAACUCAUCCCCCAAACCCCCUCGGCGGAUGUUCCACCCCCAUGUCUUGGCAGAGAGCAUGUAUGGGGACUUUGAGGCAGCAAUGGACCACCUGCGCUACCGGCUGAUUGCCACCAGAAAGCCUGAAGAGAUCAGAGGUGGUGGCUUGUUGAAGUACAGCAACCUGCUGGUCAGAGACUACCGACCGGCCAGCGAGACUCAGAUAAAAACCCUGGAGCGCUACAUGUGCUCGCGCUUUUUCAUCGAUUUCCCUGAUGUGCAGGAGCAGCAAAGGAAAAUCCUGUCCUACUUGAAGAACCACUUCAUCGGCGAAGAGAGGAGUAAGUACCAGUACCUGAUGACCCUUCGUCGGGUCAUAGAUGACAGCACGGUUUGCCUGAUGGGGCACGAACGGCGCCAGACUCUCAACAUGAUCACAGUUCUGGCUCUGAAGGUUCUGGGUGAACAGAACAUCAUACCAAACACAGACCAUGUGACCUGUUUCUACCAGCCAGCACCGUACCUUGCUGAGCACACAUCCCCUUACCUGGCAGAACCAAGCUACUGCAGCUACUACAUACCACAAGGAGGGUCAGCUCUGCUCUACCAACCUUACCCUUUACACCUCCACCCACAGACUGGACUAGUCUGAGACACAGAGUGAGAGAGUGGUUACCAAGAGCUGGAGAAUAGAUGAGCAGUUUGGUCUAUAAUAGACCAGUGUGGGUGGAACUGAGAGGGUUUUACAGGAAACUUCUCCAGAACUCUUGAAGGUUCUAACAUGAUUACAUGGAAUUAUAUCUGGGCUUUGAGGGAAAAUAAUAAUUCUUCUGAUUUUGUUCAAAUUCCAGAAAAUGCUGUAUGCACUGCAUGAGUCAUAGGUCUCUGGUCUCCCUGGGAAACCAACUGUGCUGUUGACAUGCACGCACACACACACACACACACACACAAAGACACACCCCUACUCUUUCUGCUAUAUACAGUGAGGACCAUAUGUUGACUCCCAUUGACUUCCUAUGAUUUUCAGUCAUUUUUAACCCUUUAUAUGCACUAACUUUAAAUCUAUCCUUAACCCAUUACCAAUUGUCACCUGAGCCGUAAACCUAACCAUUAUCAAUGCAUGCCUCACCCUAACCAUAUCCCUAGCCCUAUACCUAGUGUUGGGAAUUGAUACGAUUUUCAGGAUUCCGAUUCCCUUAU